AUGCAUUGGUAUUUACUCCUGUUCGUAUGCAUACUUAUCUGCAGUACUUGGGUCAGCAAUGUUACUGCUGACGCACCUUAUUUUGUAUCCGCUCAUGAUCUCGCCGUACUUUCGUCUAUUCGACUGAAUAAUGAACUAUAUGAAAUCUACCUAUCAUCGGCAGAAGUUCGUGGUAUGCAGAAAAUUCGUGUUCUGGUUCCACGUGACUAUGCUACUACCGGUGCAAAUCGCCGAUAUCCAGUUCUCUACUUAUUACAUGGAGCAUAUGGUGGUGCAACAGAUUGGACUAUGGCUGCUGAUGCUCAAACUAUCACCAGCAAUGCCUCAUUGAUAACUGUCAUGCCAAACGGUGAUUCAUUUGGAUGGUACACGAACUGGAUUAGUCCAGCCGAGGCUGCUCCCCAAAACUGGCGUACUUAUCAUAUGGAAAAAUUAGUUCCGUGGAUCGAUGCUAAUUUUCGAACUGUAGCCACGAAAGAAGGACGUGCUAUCGGUGGUCUCUCCAUGGGUGGAUUUGGUGCUAUUCGUUAUGCUCAACAAUACUCGACUAAUUUCUCUUAUACAUUUGCUUUUUCAGGUGCGCUUGAUCUACUCGAUUCACGUAUGCAACAAACUAUUCUAAAUACACCAUAUAAUGGAAAACCGUUUCUGGGUCCAUUCGGUUCACCGUUGGAGCCACUUGGAUUGAACGGAUGGUUUGCACAAGAUCCGAUCACACAUGCUUCAUCAUUACGUACCUUAAAUGUUGCACUCUACACAGGCAAUGCCGAUUCACUUGAAUUAAUCAUACGUGAUGCAAAUAAUCGUUUACGACAAGCAUUAUCAUCCUUGAAUAUUCCUCUUUAUUUCAAUGAUUAUGGGAAUGGACAAUCGAUUGGAUAUGGUUGUGAUGGCACACAUUCUUGGCCAUGCUGGAAGGCGACACUUAUUGAUGUUUUACCUCGAGUAAUGGCCGUUUUACAACAACAAUAA